UCGGCGUGGUAGGCGCGCUGCGGAAAGAGGCCUGCAGUCCCGCGGGGCGGGGCAGGUUCCGGGCUGCUUAGGUUGGCACCGGUCCGUGGUCCCCGGGGGCGCAGUCGCAGCGCUCCCGCCCUCCAGGCGUCUGCGAGUGCGCGGCCCUGUGCGUCCGGAACCUGGCGCAACUCCUAGAGCGGUCCUUGGGGUGACGCGGGUCCCAGUCCUGCGGCUCCUACUGGGGCGUGCGCUGGUCUGAAGCUUUAGGUUCAUUCUUGUAAGUGUUGCUGGUGUCAGAAUAGGAACCUCCCUGCGCUUUGAAUGGAUGAAUGUGACCUCUCCCACAUUCUCCGGUGCUGUGAUGUACCUUAAACACAGCAAGGGCACCUGGCCUGGGUGGAGCCCACUCCUCAGCACCCACCUCACUUCUUGCAGUAUUCUGCAGACCCCAGCCCUGUGCCUGUGCUCCUGGACAGCUGGAGAUAAGGAGUGGGCCUUGGAAGAUGCUCAUUCAGGCCCUGCUCAAGAUUCCAGUCCUGAUUGCUGGACUCGCUGAAGAGAGACUACGCAGGAAAGCCCCAGCCACCCAUCAAAUCAGAGAGAAGGAAUCCAUCUUCUUACGCUAUGGCAGGUAAGAAAGUACUCAUUGUCUAUGCACACCAGGAACCCAGGUCUUUCAACGGAUCCUUGAAGAAUGUGGCUGUAGAUGAACUGAGCAGGCAGGGCUGCACCGUCACAGUGUCUGAUUUGUAUGCCAUGAACUUUGAGCCGAGGGCCACAAACAAAGAUAUCACUGGUACUCUUUCUAAUCCUGAGGUUUUCAAUUAUGGAGUGGAAACCCACGAAGCCUACAAGCAAAGGUCUCUGGCUAGCGACAUCACUGAUGAGCAGAAAAAGGUUCGGGAGGCUGACCUAGUGAUAUUUCAGUUCCCACUGUACUGGUUCAGCGUGCCGGCCAUCCUGAAGGGCUGGAUGGAUAGGGUGCUGUGCCAGGGCUUUGCCUUUGACAUCCCAGGAUUCUACGAUUCCGGUUUGCUCCAGGGUAAAUUAGCGCUCCUUUCCGUAACCACGGGAGGCACGGCCGAGAUGUACACGAAGACAGGAGUCAAUGGAGAUUCUCGAUACUUCCUGUGGCCACUCCAGCAUGGCACAUUACACUUCUGUGGAUUUAAAGUCCUUGCCCCUCAGAUCAGCUUUGCUCCUGAAAUUGCAUCCGAAGAAGAAAGAAAGGGGAUGGUGGCUGCGUGGUCCCAGAGGCUGCAGACCAUCUGGAAGGAAGAGCCCAUCCCCUGCACGACCCACUGGCACUUCGGGCAAUAACUCUGUGGCACGUGGGCAUCAUGUAAGCAGCACACUAGGAGGCCCAGGCGCAGGCAAAGAGAAGAUGGUGCUGUCAUGAAAUAAAAUUACAACAUAGCUA